UCACGACGAACGACCCGACGGACAUCAGUGCUCAACCGCUGACGAUCUCUUGUCCGCCGUCGACGUCCGUUGCCGCCUCUGUCGACGCAAUGGUGGACGUCCCGGACUGACCAACGCCGGGAAAUCCGCUAGAUGCUCUAAAAGAAAUCUAUUCGCGAAAAUCCUUAGAAAGGGGACAAACAAUCGGAAAAAAAUGGGGGAAAUUACUAUCGACGAGACUAGCUAUCUGAAUUAUAAACCCUAACACAAUCCACUAGAAGCUCAGCCAUGGCGUCCGAUUCUAUCGAAGCAACAGAUCCUCCGUCGCCGCCCAAAAAUGUGUACAAGGAUCCAGAUGAUGGCCGCCAGCGCUUCUUGCUUGAGCUCGAAUUCGUCCAGUGCCUUGCUAAUCCCACCUAUAUACAUUAUUUAGCUCAAAACAGGUACUUUGAAGAUGAGGCAUUUAUCGGAUACCUGAAAUAUCUUCAAUAUUGGCAAAGGCCCGAGUACUUAAAGUUCAUUAUGUAUCCUCAUUGCCUCUUCUUUCUCGAGCUUCUGCAGAAUACCAACUUCAGAAACGCAAUGGCGCAUCCUGCAAACAAGGAGUUGGCGCACAGACAACAGUUUUACUUCUGGAAAAACUACAGAAGCAACCGGUUGAAGCACAUUCUACCGAAGCCACUUCCAGAAUCUUCCGUUAGUGCAACCCCAGCUUCUGCAGCCCCUCCGGCAUUGCCACCAACUACCAUCCCAGCUGCUGCUUCCAACAUACCUCCUACCCCUCCGCAGGCUCCAUCGCCAAUGCAGUAUGGAUCUACUUCCGUUAGAAACGACCCGAGAAAUAGCGGGGUCGAGAAAAGGAAAAGGAAGUAACUUCCUCUGUUUUGGGGAUAUCAACAGUUAGAUUUUGUCCGCGAAUAUUCCGUAGAGAAUAAAAUGUAAUGUGAGAAUCUAAAGUUGAACCCAGAAAGCGUGUUGUCACUUUAGCGAUUGUACAUUCUUAUUCAUCUAUCAAUCCACGUUUUAUGUUUA